UUGGACGUCCCUUCCCUGCAAAGAGAAGAGAGAGGGAGAAAGAGGCGAGAGAGUAUGGUAUAUAUGGAAGGGGAGAGAGAGAGAGAGAGAGAGAGAGCGCAAAAAACAAGCGGGAUAAAGAAAGGUCCCAACUAGAAUAAGUACAGCCUACCUCUUUAUAUAUUCUGAAAGCAUCUCUCUAUCUUUCCCUCUGUUCUUCAGAGCUAAAAAUUUCAAAUUGUUUGUGUUAUUCUCAUUGGAAUUUGAACUGGGAAUUUGUCUGCUUCUUCUGGGUGCUUCAGAAAUGGUUUUCGUUGAAUAAGCCGUGUUCAUUGGGGGAGAGGUUAGUUCUACAAUGAAAGAAAAAUUUAUUAUGAAAAGCAGAGGAGAUCAGCAAGCUUCAAGAAGCCUUGUAUCCCCAAAAUGGACAUUUUUAUUAUGUAUCGGCAGUUUCUGUGUUGGAUUACUCUUCACCAAUAGAAUGUGGACAGUGUCUGACUCUAAACUUAUUACAAGACCAACUGCUUUAGAAUCCGAAGGCCUCAAAUUGGUUCAAGAAGGUUGUGAUCUACGAAAGUUACAAAUGAAGAACGUAAAGCGCGAUUCCAAACAGAUAUUUGGGGAGGUAUCAAAGACGCAUCAAGCCAUACAGACAUUAGAUAAAACAAUAUCGAGCUUAGAGAUGGAAUUAGCUGCAGCAAGGUCCAUUCAAGAAUCUAUAGUGAAUGGUUCUCCUAUUUCACAAGAUGACACAAGAAGUGCACCCGAAAGGCGAAAAUAUUUAAUGGUUGUUGGAGUUAACACUGCUUUUAGUAGUCGUAAAAGAAGAGAUUCGGUGCGGGCUACAUGGAUGCCUCAAGGUGAUAAAAGAAAGAAGUUAGAGGAGGAGAAGGGAAUUAUAAUGCGUUUUGUUAUAGGCCACAGUGCCACAGUAGGGGGCAUACUCGACCGUGCUAUUGAAGCCGAAGACAGAAAACAUGGCGAUUUCUUAAGAUUGGACCAUGUAGAAGGAUACCUAGAAUUAUCCGCAAAAACAAAAACAUAUUUUGCAACUGCGGUUACUAUGUGGGAUGCAGAAUUUUACAUCAAAGUUGACGAUGAUGUCCACGUGAACAUAGCGACACUAGGUCAUACAUUAGUUAGACAUAGAAAGAAGAAAAGGGUAUAUAUCGGAUGCAUGAAAUCCGGUCCGGUCCUUGCUCAAAAAGGAGUAAGGUACCAUGAACCGGAACAUUGGAAAUUUGGUGAGUCAGGGAACAAAUAUUUCCGCCAUGCCACGGGACAAUUAUAUGCCAUUUCAAAAGAUUUGGCUACUUAUAUCUCAUUAAACCAACAUGUACUACACAAAUACGCAAAUGAGGAUGUUUCAUUAGGAUCUUGGUUUAUUGGGCUUGAUGUUGAACAUAUUGAUGAUCGAAGACUAUGUUGCGGGACCCCACCAGAUUGUGAAUGGAAAGCACAAGCGGGAAACAUAUGUGUAGCCUCAUUUGAUUGGACAUGCAGUGGGAUUUGUCGAUCAGUCGACCGGAUUAAGGAAGUCCAUAAACGAUGUGGCGAGGGUGAAAAUGCAGUUUGGUCAGCUACAUUUUAACAAAAUAAAAAUUGAUCCAUUUUUUGGGUUUUCUUUCUAAAUUUGGAAAGAUGGUAAAAUGAAGAAGAAGAUGUAAAGAGGACAAAAAUGUAUAUUUUGACACCAUUGGAGUGGAGGAGAGUGGAAGAGACGCCCUGCUAUGCAAAGAUUUCUUUAAAAUAUUAUAACAAGAGGAAUGCAAGCAAAGCAAGAGGCUCUUUGCACAUUUGUUUCUUUCUAUUUUUGGUAUUAAUAAUAUUUCACUUAAGUGGGUUUUUAACGAAAUAUUGGGGUUUUGUAUGACAUAGUGGAUUUUGAUUUUAUAUAAAUAUAUAUAUAUGGAAAACAUUAGUUUUGGUUUUUUA